AUGGAACAACUUGAAAAAGAGAAAAUCCAAGGAAUUCAAGAAAUUUCUCCUGGCGUUUCUUCACUUCAAAUUCAUUUCGAUGGAAAAAUUCUUCAUCAACAACUUUUAAUCGAGAAAUUAAUUGAAAUUGAACAAAAUUUAUUUUCAAAUCAAACAAAUUUACGAAUUCAAUCACGAAUUCUUUAUUUACCUUUGACUUUUCAAGAUUCAACAACACUCAACGCUGUUCAACGUUACCAACAAACUGUUCGACACCAUGCGCCUUAUUUACCAAAUAAUGUUGAUUUUAUUCAACGAAUUAAUGGACUUCAAUCAACAGAAGAUGUUCGACAAAUCGUUUUUAAUUCUUCUUAUCUUAUUCUCGGACUGGGUGAUGUUUAUCUUGGUGCUCCAUGUGCAAUUCCAAUUGAUCCAAGACAUCGUUUAGUUACUUCGAAAUAUAAUCCAGCAAGAACGUUUACUCCCGAGGGAACUGUUGGUAUUGGUGGAGUUUAUUUAUGUAUUUAUGGAAUGGAUUCACCUGGUGGUUAUCAACUUAUUGGAAGAACUUUACCCAUUUUCAACACUUUCUGUCAAAAUCAAAUGUUCAAAGAUCAAAAACCUUGGCUUUUCAGAUUUUUUGACCAAAUCCGAUUUUAUCCUGUUGAUGAAAAUCAAUUAGAAAUUCAAAGAGAAGAUUUUCGACAUGGAAAAUUACAAAUUAAAAUCAUUGAAGACAACUUUUUUUAUUUAAAUCAAUAUGAUGAAUUUCUUCAAAAAGAAAAACAAAGUAUCGAUUUAUUUCUUCAUAAAAGAGACGAAGCUUUUAACAAAGAAAUUUCUCUUUGGAAAAAUUAUGAACAAAAUCAAAUUGAAACAACAAUUUCAACAGAAAUUCUACAAGAAAUAGAAGAAGAAAAUGAAAAUAUUAAAACGAUUCGUGCAGAUAUUUGUGGAAAUGUUUGGAAAAUUUUAAUCGAAACAAAUCAAUUCGUCAAUGUUGAUACUCCAAUUCUGAUUCUUGAAGCAAUGAAAAUGGAAUUAAUCAUUCGAUCACCUUUUCAAGGUCAAAUCAUCAAUAUUCAUUGUCAAAUUGGACAACUUGUCUCUAAUAAUGAUAUUCUUUUCAAAAUUCAAUCGACAUGA